AUGGAGAGUACAGUUUUGUCUAUAAUUCAACAAAGAUGGUCUGACCAACUUCAUCAUCCUUUACAUGCAGCUAGAUGUUUUCUUAAUCCUGCCAUUUUUCAUGGAGAAAAUUCAGAGAUUGAGAAACAUAAAGAUAUAGCGACGGGACUAUAUGUUGCCAUCGACCGUCUUGUUCCCGAUGAAGAUGAGAAUGAUCUUUUAAGACAACAAUUGAAUAUCUACAUUGAUUCAGAAGGCCAAUUUGGAUCUGCAGCCGCUAAAAGAAGUAGAAUGAAAGUUGCACCAUAUAUUUGGUGGCGUUCUUAUGGGAUCGAUACUCCUUUGCUUCAAAAUUUUGCUAUCAAGGUCCUUAGUCAAACAUGUAGUGCUUCACCUUGUGAACGCAAUUGGAGUACAUUUGACAAUUUACACUCCAAGAAAAGGAAUUGUCUUUUACAGCAAAAACUCAAUGACCUUGUGUUUAUUCAAUAUAACACAAGGUUACAAAGGAGAUUUGAAUCUCUAAAAAGCAACAAAACUGAUCCUAUUUUGUUGAGAGAUGUAGAGGAAAAUGAUGAGUGGACAAUACCGACAGAGGCUGAAAUUCAAGACUUUGUGGAUGCACGUGAUGGUCUUCUUUGGUCGGAUGUGCGAGAAGCGAUGGGUGGAAAUGUAGACAUCAGGCAUAGUACGAGGAGCAAAAGGGAGCGUUAUAGAGAUGAUGAUGAUGAUAAUGACCAGACUAGAGUUGAAAUGGAAUAUGAUGUGUAUGUAGACCUUGAUGUAGAAGUGAAUGCAUUAGACGAUGUUGAAUCGGAAGCCGAACCAGUGGAUUGCGAUUGA